GAUUCCUGGCGCCCGGUUGUGCUCCAGUGGGGCGGGUUGGCGGCGGCAGAAGCACCACCCUGAGGCCGCUGGCUUGAGCUCCUGCCGCAGAGGGAGGCGGGGAGCCAAACGCGCCGCUCCCCUCCCCGCGCGGGCUGCGGCCGCUGCCAGGAUGCCUCGGGAGCGCGGCGGCAGCUGCUGGCUGCUCCCCGCGCUGCUGCUCCUGCCGCCGCUCUGCGCGCCGGCUUUGACUAUAAGUGUAGCUGCUGAAGAUGCAAAGGAACAGAUUGAGCAACUGGUAUCACAGGAGUCUGAAAAAAGUGGAAAAUCAAAUAAAAUAAACAUAGAAUUACAAGAAAUUGUAUUUGUCAUCCAGAGUCAAAGUAACUCUUUUCAUUCAAAAAGAGCAGAAGAUUUAGAGCGCAAUAUUUUAAAACAGGCUGAAGUGCUUGGAAAGGAAUUACCUAGAAUUCUGCUUAUUCAUCAGAUGGACAGACAUGAUGGUGCAUGGACUAUACUACCAUUAAUGCAAGACUUCUCUGCUUCCUAUGGUAGAAACUCCUCAUGGAUUUUCUUCUGUGAAGAAGAUACAAGAAUACAAAUUGUUAAGCUGCUGGAAACACUUAGAAGAUUUGACAAGUCUAAGAAGGUUGGUGGCGAUUGGACGUUUAACAUAGUGAAUGCCAGUGAAAAUGAGGAAUGGUUCUUAGGAAAAGCGUUAUAUGAUGAAGAAUCUACAAUAAUACAUCAUUAUGCCUUUGCUGAAAAUCCUACAGUCUUUAAAUUUCCAGAUUUUGCUGCUGGCUGGGCACUUAGUAUUCCGCUUGUAAACAAGCUUGCAAACAAGCUGAAAAGUGAACCACUUAAGUCAGACUUUACAAUAGAUUUAAAACAUGAGAUUGCAUUAUAUAUUUGGCAGAAAGGCAAUGGACCACAUCUUACUCCAGUGCCUGAGUUUUGUACGGAUGACUUGAACUCAUAUAAGGCUGUUCACUGUGCCACAAUGUUCAGUAACUUCCUACCAGUUUGCGGAGACCCAGUGAAGAAAGAGGAUAUCUUUGUUGCUGUAAAAACAUGCCGAAAAUUUCACAGAGACCGAAUACCGAUUGUAAAGCAGACCUGGGAAGGUGAGGCUACCCUUGUUGAAUAUUAUAGUGAUUAUGCAGAGACCUCCAUUCCUACUAUAGAUUUAGGAGUACCUAAUACUGAAAGAGGUCAUUGCGGGAAGACUUUUGCCAUUUUGGAAAGAUUUUUAAAUCACAGUUCUUCCAAAACACCAUGGUUAGUCAUUGUGGAUGAUGACACCUUAAUAAGUAUCUUUAGGCUCCGGAAAUUACUCAGCUGCUAUGACCCAAAUGAACCAGUGUUUCUUGGAGAGCGUUACGGCUACGGAUUGGGAACAGGAGGAUAUAGUUAUAUCACUGGCGGAGGAGGAGUUCUCCCCUCACCCUGCAUCAAGAAAAAAUGUGUGGAGGUAAGGGACAAGAUGGUUUUCAGCAGAGAAGCAAUCCAAAAACUACUUGCUAGUAAAUGCCAGUGUUACAGCAAUGAUGCUCCAGAUGAUAUGGUCCUUGGAAUGUGUUUCAGUGGUUUAGGAAUCCCCAUAACACACUGUCCACUUUUCCAUCAGGCAAGACCAAUGGACUAUCCAAAGGACUACCUUGCUCACCAAAUUCCAAUAUCAUUUCACAAGCAUUGGAACGUUGAUCCAGUCAAGGUGUAUUUCACAUGGCUGGCACCAAAGAUGGAAGAUUCAUUUACUGAAAAGAAACAAAGACGUAUAAGGGAAGAUUUAUAAUAUAGAAAAUAUUUUAAAUCUCAAUAAGGUACUGCAGAUUAGUGAGAGACAGGCUGUACUGUAGUUUUGGUGUUGUGUUGUACUACUUGUCUGCCAUAUUGCAUAGAACACUGAAUGUUUCGAUCCAGUACGUGUUACACUUGUUAGAAAAGGAAAAGGGAACCAGCUUGAUUUUGUGUGUGUGGUUUGAGGAUUUAUUGUCAGAAAUACCUUUAAUUUUGAAUCUUGUGACCAUUGUAUUUAACAUUUUAAAUGUCGUAUACAGUAUUUUUGUAUGUUCCCUUUUGGAAUUCUCUGUGAAACACCAGCAAUUCACAUUUCUCUUUUCCUCACUGUCUAGUAGUGGCCUAAGUUCCAUAUUUAGGGGCCUAAUUCUAAAAGGUACUGAAUACCUAUACUUCCCAAUGACUUCAGAAGAACUUCUGGGUUCUUGAAAUCAGUCAGAAUCAGUCCAUAGGUAAUGAAAGGGUAGGGAGAUGUGUAUUUUAAUGAACAGUGGUCUGGAAAGAAAACGUCAUGUACUGUUCUUUGUAUUGUUUCCAAAUAGAGAUGUUGCAGAUGCAUGGGAUAGAUGACUCAUUUUUGAGUUUGAACUACUAUUUCACCUUUAAACAUGUUAGCUUUUGUAGGAAAUAACAGCCUAGAAAAUCCAAAGAAAGGUCUGGGAUUCUUAAAUUGACUACAAGAUGUUGCCAUGGUUCAUUAAAAAACCUAGGUGACUGUUUCUAUCUUUGGCAAAUAUAAAUGUUUCUCUCUUAAGGAAUUUGAAAAUCUAAUGUUUAGAUAUUUAUAAUGUGCACAUCACCAUAGUAUCUAAGUGCCAAGCUAAAAAUUAGUUUGUAACAUCCGUAAUUUAUAUCAUCUACAGCAGGGAUUGGCAACCUUUGGCACGCGGCCCGCCAGGGUAAGCACCCUGGCAGGCCGGGGCGGUUUGUGUACCUGCCGCGUCCGCAGGUUCGGCCG